AUGGGGGAGGACGCCGAACUCCGACUCAUCCUGGUGGGAAAGUCCAGAGUAGGGAAGAGCACCACAGGCAACACCAUCCUCGGCCGGAGAGAGUUCGAGUCCCUGGGGGGAAAAGCCACCACCGUGAGGUGCCAAAGGGGUCAAGGAAGAUGGCAGGACAGGAAGAUCUCCGUGGUCGACACACCCGACAUUUUCGAUUCCGAAAACCACAGUGAGAUGGUGCAAAAUGAGAUCGGGGCUUGCGUCGAACUCUCCCGGCCUGGCCCCCACGCCCUGAUCUUUGUGACCCAGGUGGGGCGCUUCACCGCCGAAGAUGUGACAGCUGCAAAACGAGUCCAGGAUAUCUUUGAGGCCGAGUCGGCCAGGCACACGAUCGUCCUCUUCACCUGCAAGGAGGAUUUGAGAGAGGAAUCCCUGCAGGAGUAUAUCCAAAAGCCGGACAACUGCAAUCUGCGGGAGCUGAUCCAGCAGUGCGGGAACCGCUACUGUGGCUUCAACAACAAGGCCGCGGGAGCCGAGUGGCAGGCGCAGGUCUCGGAGCUGAUGGAGAUGGUGCAGAGAGUCGUUUUCGAAAACGGGGGGAGACACUACGUCAGCUGGCUGUACGAGUUGUCCAUGGUACAGGAUCAGCGUGUCAUAGAGCAGAAUCAAAUGGCAGAGUGGAACUGGGCAGCUACGGAUGACGAGGCCAAGCCGGGGGAGCAGAAGAGUCCUCGACAGACCCCUUUUUGGUCUGAAACCGUGGUGGUAGAUCCCUAA